UUCGACACGACGAUAUAUAAAACCCUAUACCUUCAAAAUGGUUUUUUUUCGUUGACUCUCAGAAGUGGUUUCCAACUACCACAUCGCUUUAUCAUCGUCCAGAAAGAAAGCAAUGUCUUCGCAACCAGUUUGGGAUGCUCAGAUACGAAGGUGGAGGUGUUUAGGACCUCAAGAACAGCAAUUGAUAUAUAUUGAGGAAGAAAAGUCGUGGAAGGAAUACGUAUGAAACAUGAUUUUGUUAAUACAAAGAAAUCAAACAAGACAGAUCCCCUAACGACUUAAGGAUUUUGAGAAUAAAAAGUUUUUAGGUAGCUUUCCUGUUGAAUCUAAUGCAGAUGAAGAGUCAGCCGAGAAGCGUGCAGAAGAGAAGCCAGAAACAGUAAGCGAAAAGAAGAGAGAAUACCCCAAUGAACCAUCCUCAGAAACGCAGCAACCGGAUGCUUCGGUGAAAAGAACAAAGAAAGAGGAAACUUCCUCAAAUAAAAAUGAAAUGUCUGCACCAAUUAAUAAGGCUAUCUACGUUUCCGGUCUUCCCAAAGACGUGACAGUGUCAGAAGUUAAAGAAGUAUUUUCCAAAUGUGGAAUUAUCGCUGAAAACGUCGAUACAGGUACGCCUAGAAUAAAACUUUAUACAAAUGACGAUGGGACGUUAAAGGGCGAUGCCUUAAUCGUUUUCUUUCGAAGCGAAAGUAUACAAUUAGCAGAGCAGUUGUUUGACGAUACCGAAUUUCGACUUGGUUCAGGAGUAAAGAUGAGAGUUCAAGAGGCCAGUAUUGAUUACAAAAAAGAGAAGUCUGUAAAUCGGGACCUUAGUGAGUCGGUCAAGAAAAAGGUUCAAAGAAAGCGGCAGCAACAACUACAGAAAAUUUCGUCUUGGGGAGAAGUUGAAGAAGAAGUUGAUGAAAAAAGAAGAAAGCGUUUUGGGAAAAUUUUGGUUUUGAAGCAUAUUUUUACAUUGAAGGAGCUAGAGACUCAGCCUGAGCUGUUACUUGAUUUAAAGGAAGACAUUACAGCUGAAGCCGAAAAAUGUGGACGUGUUACCAAUGUCUCACUAUAUGAUCAAGAACCGGAAGGCAUUGUAACCAUUCGAUUCUCGAACAAUGAGGAGGCAGAAGUAUGUAUGCGAUUGAUGCAAGGAAGGUACUUCGAUGGACGAAUUGUGGAAGCAUCUAUUUACGAUGGGACAACACGAUUCCGAAAGUCUGGAAAACAGAGUUUUGACAAUGAUGAAGAUGAAGAGCACAGGUUAGAGAGAUUUGCAAGCUGGCUUGAAAGCGGCGAGAAAAAUGAUGAGUGAUCUAAAUGUACGACCAAUGGAAAGUUCACUGGAAUAGUAAUAAUUUAGCAUGAUAAUAUGUGUAUUUCCUUCUCUUCCUAAAGUUAGGUAUACUACAAGCUUGUAAAGUAUAUUGUGUAUUUUAUAAUAAUUACUUGAGUCAUUAUCAAUGAACUGUAUUGACUUCCUUCUUUUACGCACUAGCAAACCUAGUAUAAAC